AUGGCCUCUUUUUGCAUCGAGUCUGUCCUCAUCAGUGAGAGCGUGGACCCCCGCUGCAAAAGAAUCCUGGAGGAAAAUGGCAUCCACGUGACGGAGAAGCAAAACAUGACAAAAGAAGCGUUGAUCGCCGAGAUUAAGGAAUAUGAUGGCCUUGUGGUGCGUUCUGCUACAAAGGUGACAGCUGAUGUUAUUGCUGCUGCCAGUAAUCUAAAAAUCAUUGGAAGGGCUGGAACUGGUGUUGAUAAUGUGGAUGUUGAGGCUGCUACAAAAAAGGGUAUUAUUGUAAUGAACACACCAAGUGGCAACACCAUCAGCGCCGCGGAGCUCACAUGCGCCCUCAUAAUGAGCCUUUCAAGACAUGUUCCCCAAGCUGCAAUGUCUAUGAAAGCUGGUAAAUGGGAUCGCAAAAAGUUUAUGGGUGCUGAGUUGUAUGGAAAGGUGCUUGGAAUAGUUGGGCUUGGGAGAAUAGGAAAAGAAGUGGCUUCAAGAAUGCAGUCAUUUGGGAUGAAGACCAUCGGCUACGACCCGAUCACACCACCAGAGGUGUCUGCCAGCUGGGGCGUGGACCAGAUGUCUCUGGAGCAGCUAUGGCCCCAGUGUGACUACAUCACUGUGCACACACCACUUAUGCCUUCUACUGUUGGCCUUCUCAAUGAUGAAACAUUUGCCAAAUGUAAGAAGGGGGUGAAGGUUGUUAACUGUGCACGCGGUGGCAUCAUCGAUGAAGCGGCUCUAUUCAGAGCUCUGGAGUCUGGACAGUGUGGAGGAGCAGGACUGGAUGUCUUUGUUGAGGAACCACCGAGGGAUCGUGCGCUUUUGGAUCAUCCAAAUGUGAUUGGCUGUCCUCACCUCGGAGCCAGUACUAAAGAAGCACAAGCACGAUGUGGGGAAGACAUAGCACUACAGAUUGUGGAUAUGGUUAAAGGAAGAAAAUUGUUUGGAGCUGUAAACGCACAGGUUUUGGCCAGCACGUUUUCUCAAGAAUCUCAAGAAUUGAUUAAAUUUGGGGAGGUUAUCGGAGCUGUGUUGAAGGCUUGUGCUACUUCCAAGAAGCCUUGCAGCCACCUGCAGAUUAAAACUCGAGGUGAUGGUAUGAAGUCGUCAUCGGGUUAUUUGACUUCAGCUGUACUUGUUGGACUGCUUGGAAAUGAAUCUACCAGUAUUAACCUUAUAAAUGUGCUGAACUUUGCCAAUGACUCUGGAAUUCAGGUGAACCAAACACACAGCACAUCAAACUGUGGUGGAGCAUUGUGUGAAGUGGAGCUUUCUGCUGAUGGAUGGAAGCUUACGGCCUCCGGGUCAGUUCAAAAUGGAGUUCCUGUCCUGCUGACACUGAGUGACAGUGUGUUUCGACAGCCUGUGUCUCUCAUCGGGAAUUUGCUGCUCUUCAAAGCUUCAGCCAGUCCUCAGCUUCUUUCAUCAGUGGUUGGAGUGCUAGCCACACACGGAGUGCAGAUCGAGUCCUUCAGUGCUCCGACAAAGCACACUGGGGAGCAGUGGUAUUGCGUGGGGGUGUCAAAACUCCUCAAAGAUCUGAAUGCUUUGAAACCUAUCGUUACAGAUGUGGCUCAAGUCAAAAUUUAA